CGAGCGCACUCGCUGACGUUCCGCGAGCAGCGCACGCAUGCGUCGUGGCUGCUGCUGGCUAUGCUGCACAAGAUCGAAGGGUUCGGUGGUUGCGUGCAUGGAUGGGAUGUCAUGCCGCAACCUGAGCUCCGCAGUCACAGUGGCAUCCAGCUUCCCAAAUUCAAAGAGCCUCACAAGGCCAACCCUGGCAAAGGCUUGUCCGGAAGAGGCCAGAGCAACGAGGAUGACUACGUACGUCGUCACGAGCAAGAGCUCAAGAAGUUGCGCGACCGCAACGAGCAACUCGAGAAGGAUCUCGCCGAGGCCAAGGCCAAGAAGUAAAGCAGAUCACAAAGCGUCUGGAAGCCACUCGUCGCUCAUCCUUGCAUUGCGCGAGGCUGGAUGGCGUAGCUGAGAGCACAAAUAUUCGCAUUCAGCGACACUCUGACCGAGAA